AACGGCGAUCACGUCCAACACAUAGUGCCCAUCCGAAUAACUAAGUACUUACAUACCUACAUAUAUACUUAUACUAUAUAGUCAAAUAUAACAAAUAUAUUUCAUAGUUAUCAUUAUUAUAUACUAAUAUAACGCUAGUCAUGCUUACUCGGCUAAGUAGACGAUUUCAGUCCACCAAAGCGCUUACGGUGGGCGAUCGUGUAGUGAUAUCGAAAAGAGUCGAUAAAUCGGAUAUCAACGAGUUUGCUCGCCUGAGUGGUGACACUAAUCCCAUACAUUCUGGUGAUCGUCCGUUGGUGCACGGCAUUUAUUUGGCGGGUCUGGUAUCCGGGGUGAUUGGUACCAAGUUACCUGGCGACGGCACGGUUGUCGUGUCCAAGACCCUGAGGUUCCCAAACGCGUGUUAUGCCGGAGAUCUAGUCAAAAUCGAAGUUGAGAUACAGACCAUAAGAAAGCUUGUGAGGUGUGGAUUUUGGUGUAGUGUCGGGGACAAGGUAGUCAUGGAAGGCACAGCGGACGUUAUCAAUAAACGUCUUACUAAAAAUCAGACGUGUAAUAAUACAGUUUGAAAUAGAGAGUUAAAAAACAAAAGCUUGUGUUAUAUUUUUAAGCAUCCGAAUCUCCGGAUUGAUUAAUUUAGUCACUUUUUAACUGUUUACAUUUUAAAAUUAAGCGUACAAAUUUAUAUUUUAUAGUUUAUCAAUAUAAUACUUACUAUAGUAUAAUGAAGGUGGUGUUAUUGUUCUUUAUUAAAUAUUCCAUAAUAUUAUACAGUUUAUUUUUAGGUUAUAAAUGCAUAAUAUAUUAUUAAACUAUAGAUUUAUAGGUGCACGUCAAGUAAUUACUAACCAUUAACGACAAGUCGAUAACCUUUAAUCGCCUAAAAUGUUCUAAUUUAAUUAAAGGGUCGAUUAUACUAUAAGCAAAUUCACUAGCAACUGGCCCUCAAAUAUUUUUGCAGCUACACAGUACACAGCGAGCUCGCCCCUAAAUAAAGUUGACCUGCAGCCUAUACUUUUUUCGCCACUCGUUGGCAAUUAUAUUCUCCGGAGAGUGCAAUCGCUUUUUUUAAUCGACAUGGCUAGCACUAUCGCUAGUGUGCUAUUGACUAUAUAUAGUAGCUAGUAGUAAUCGUGACUUGCGACUGCCAGCUCACUCUCGCCCGACUUUUUUCACCGAAAAGCAUCGAGUAAAUUCAUCCUAUGUAAUUGAGGUAAAUCAUAAAAAAUAAAUUUUAAAAUCGUAAUUCUCUACUGGAUUUUAAUGGUAUAUAAAAACAAGUUUCCUGGUAUAAAACUAUAAAAUUGAAAUCGUUUUAGAGUCGUAAACUCGUAAUGAUAUAAUUUAUGACGUUAUAUCUAUGAUAUACUAUGUUCGUAUAUUACGUUAUAAUCGUUGAAAUUUUUUAGUUGUAUAUACUAAGUAACUAUGUACCUAUAUAAUUCGCACUAAAAGUGAAAUACCUAAAUCUCAGAAUUAUUGUUGGGUAUACAAGUCUUAACAAUAAUAUAGUAUCGCGCGAAGUUGGCCUUAUAAUUGUUUUGUUAUCACAGGAUUUUUUAUUUUUUUUUUUUGUUCAUUAUACUCGUAAUUUAAUGUUUACAAAACGAACGGGAGCGAACCAGUUUCCUGAACCGUAUGUAUUGUUUCUCAUUUCGAAAAUUAAACAGUUCUCCAUCACCGUGUUUCCGCUUAUAUUUUAAACAUUAAUUUAGUGUUUACAAAACACAAUUCACGAGGAAGUCUUCUCGUCGUUUGCACGUAAUUUAUAAAUACCGUCGUACGAACGAAAACAAGCGCAUUCCCUUACUGCGUGUGGUGAAGAGUUCGUCAAGUAUACAAUAAUUUCGAUCCACACUUGGUGUACGUUUUAUAUUCUACAGCACCUGUUGCUUCCAAAAAACUAUAUCA